AUGGAUCCUGGCUAUUUCGAUGCGGAGAGGAAACAAAAUCCUCGGGAGAAAGCAAACAUAUUUUCAAAAAUCACGUUCUGGUACAUUCUGCCGAUCUUCGCUAAAGGAAGGAAGGGACAACUUAGUAUAUCUGAUGUAUACAGAUGUUCUCCAGAACACAGAUCCUCACCUUUGGGAGACCAGCUUGGCGCGAAAUGGCAGGAACAACUUAAUAAACAAAGUAUCGGAAAGAAGCCAUCCUUGAUGAAAGCUAUAUUUAGUGUUUUUGGUUUGGAAUUUACGAUAGUGAACACCCUGUAUUCUGUUGUGGACACAUCAGCUAAAAUAAUUAUACCCACCUGCCUUGAAGGCUUGAUAAAUUAUUUUUCUUCAACAUCCGGUGUUACAAAGUUUGAUGCCUACAUGUACGCUGUUGGUGUUUUGGGAUUAACUUUCAUAAGCGCCGUCAUAAUGCAGCCGACCAUAUUAUAUUUAUUUGAUAUUUCCAUGAGGGUCCGAGUCGCAACGUGUUCGCUCAUAUAUAGAAAGAUUCUCCGUCUUGAUAUAAACGCUGGCGGCAAGGCCUCCGAAGGUCUUUCUGGUCACGCCAUCAAUCUCUUGACCACCGAUGCCCAAAGGUUCGACAUGGCCUCCUUGUUCAUUAUGGACCUCAUAAGAACUCCGAUAGAGGGCGUGGUUGUGACCUAUCUGAUGUACAAACAAGUCGGUGCGUCAACAUUCAUUGGAGUUUCAUUGCUCUUCCUCAUCAUACCACUUCAAGCUUAUUUGGGUAAAAUAUCAAGCAGACUCCGACACCAGACAGCGAUUAGAACUGAUAAUAGAAUACGAUUGAUGAACGAAGUUAUACAAGGAAUAGAGGCUAUCAAAAUGUACGCGUGGGAGAAAGCGUUCGCACGGAUCAUAGGCGAAGCCAGGAGGAAAGAAAUGAACAUCAUAAAGAAAAUAUCAUGGUUACGAGCGAUUAUGAUAUCUUGUGUGAAGUUAAACUCAAAGAUCGCUAUAUUUCUGACCCUGGUUUCGUUCAUAUCAUUCAAGAACGAACUCACAGCAUCCAAAGUGUUCGUAGUAUUUUCGUACUACAAUAUCUUGAAGUAUUCCCUCGUGGACUUCCUAUCUUUGGCAAUAUCUUUCACAUUGGAGGCUCAAGUCAGUGUUCAUCGGAUGCAGGAGUUCCUCAUGCUGCCAGAAGUCGAUAAUUGUGAUGGAACUGACCUCGUCACUAUUGAAGGCCCAAAAAAUGUAGCUAUGAGCAGAAUCUUCGAGAAAAUUGGCAACGGACAACAGGCGUACAUUAAGUCUGAGUCUAGUCUGGAGCAGCUAAAGCCGGCUGUUUUCAUUAGUUUUAAAGACUACACCGCGCACUGGAAGAACUCGGAAGACGAAGAUGUGAAGAAUAGAGUACUGGCGCUCGACGACAUUAACUUAAACAUCAAACCGGAAACCUUGACUACUAUAGUGGGCACGGUUGGUUCGGGCAAGUCGACCCUGCUACUCGCCAUGUUGAGGGAACUAUCGCCUACUUCCGGUCACCUCUCUGUCCGUGGGACCAUCGCCUACGCUGCGCAAGAACCUUGGCUAUUUGAAGCCUCCGUCCGCCAGAACAUUCUAUUCGGUCAAGACCUGGACCUGCGCAGAUACAAGCAGGUCAUUAAAUGCUGCCAGCUGAAGAGUGACCUGGAAAUACUGCCUUAUGGAGAUAAGACGGUUGUUGGCGAGAGAGGUGCGUCAUUAUCUGGAGGUCAAAGGGCUCGCAUCGCGUUGGCUCGCUGUGUGUAUCAACAUGCAGACGUGUACCUAUUAGAUGACCCGCUGGCAGCUGUAGAUGCUAAGGUAGCCCAAGCUAUAUACGAGGAGUGUAUCCGGUCUUUCCUUCGUGAGAAAGCCACAGUCUUGGUCACUCAUCAUGUGCAGUACGCGCGGCACGCGGCUCAAGUGUGUGUCAUGAAAUUGGGCAAAAUCGUAGCUCAAGGGACCUACAACGACUUGAAGAACGAUGUCAAGGAGUUUGAAAAGCUGAUUGAGAUGGAGGCCAAGGACGAGGAGAAGAAAUUGAAGCAGAAGGGAGCCUCGUAUGAGAACCAGGACAGUCUGGUGAGGGAAAGAGAUGGAGAUAGAGUGUGUGUACGUGCGUGUGUGUGUGAGAGAGAGAGGGAGAGAAUUUGUGAGCACGGCCACAAACUCCGCUCACAGAGGUCAAUGUCCGAGGUGUCUCAACUGUCCUUCAACACGGAAGGAGAAAAUAUUAUUGGACCGGAAUUUGAAGGUGAAAAUCAGAGUGAGGGUUCAGUAGACUUCGGAGUAUACUUCUCGUUUAUAAAGAGCGGCGGAACCCAGUUCACGAUGCUAGUUCUGGGUUCGCUUUUCGUCUUCGCUCAGUUCUUCUACUCAGCUACGGACGUGUGGCUCAAAGAUUGGGUUACCAUAGAAGAGAUGCAGAGCGCUGAUAAAGCGAGCAAAAUGAAUAUGUCAAUAUAUAAUGCAUCAAUAAUGAACAACACAUCUACAAUACAAAAUACAUCUAUAAUAGAUAACAUAACUACUGCAAUAGCUGCCAACUCCAGCCUUCUCCGCUACGAAGACCUCCCUUCAAACUUGUUCCACUUAUCCCGUGAGCAGUGUAUAUACAUCUACGCGGCCCUCAUAGUGGUGUCCAUGUUUCUGACCUGGAACAAGUUGCUCGUGUUCUACAACACAUGCAUCAAAGCCUCCGUAGUACUCCACGAUACUAUGUUCAGAGGUGUGACGAACGCCCCGAUGUGGUUUUUCCAUCACAACCCGUCGGGUCGUAUCUUGAACCGCUUCUCCAAAGACAUGGGACAAAUAGACACGUUACUUCCCGUGGCGUUGGUUGACUGUCUCGGGUUCUUCCUUGAGGUGAUAGCGAUCCUGGCAGUAGUAUGUAUUGUUAACUGGUGGCUGCUUCUACCAACCGCUGUGUUAGCAUUCCUUCUGCAUCUCAUGAGAUCUCUUUAUUUAUAUACAAGUCGAGAAUUAAAAAGAGCAGAAGCUAUAGCCCGUAGUCCAUCUUUAUCUCAUUGUGGUGGUACGGUCCAUGGUCUGACCACAAUUAGAUCCUGCCACAAGCAGGUGACGCUCGCUAAGGAGUUCGAUAAACUACAAGACCUGCAUUCCUCCGCCUGGACCUUAGUCCUCACUACUAACAGCGCGUUUGGCUAUUGGAUGGACAUGGCUUGCUGCUUAUACUUAGCUGCUGUGACAUUUAGCUUCUUUUUCUUCAGUGAAGAAGACUCGAGUGGUGGUAACGUGGGACUGGCUAUCACACAAGUGAUGGGUUUAGUUGGCAUGUGUCAAUACGGAAUGAGGCAGACGGCCGAAGUGGAGAACCAAAUGACUUCUGUUGAAAGAAUUUUGGAAUACAUCAACCUCCCGGCGGAGCACCCUGUAGAGCCUGACAACCGCGCUCUGAAGAAUGAACACCCUGGCUUUGAUUUCAGCAAGUGGCCGAGUGAAGGCGAGAUAAUAUUCGAGAAUGUAUCUCUGGAAUACGAAAAGCCUCCGAAAAGUGACGGUAAAGUCGACCCGGAGCCGGCCUUCGCUAUAAAAGGAGUGAACUUUAAGAUAAACGCCGGAGAGAAGGUAGCUGUAGUGGGACGAACCGGCGCGGGGAAAAGCUCACUCAUAGCGGCAUUAUUCAAGCUGAGUAAGAUCACGGGUCGCGUGACUGUCGACAACAUCACGUCAGACGAGGCGGGUCUGCGUGCGUGGCGGGCUCGUCUCUGCGCCCUGCCGCAGCGGCCCGCGUUGUUCGCCGCCUCGCUCAGAGAUAAUUUAGACCCUGAGAGGAAAUACACUGACGCUGAGAUAUAUACCGCGCUGAAUGAGGUGGAGCUCCAAGGCCUAGUGUCUGGUCUGCCGGGCGGCCUGGCGUCCAAAGUAGGGGACGGAGGGGGGAACCUGUCCAGCGGACAGAGACAGCUUGUGUGUCUGGCUCGAGCUGCGCUGGCGAGACGAGCUGUGCUUAUACUGGAUGAAGCUACAGCUAACGUUGACACAGAGACAGACAAACACAUCCAGAGAACGAUUCGCACCAAGUUCGCUGACUCCACCGUACUGACCAUCGCUCACAGACUCAACACUGUCAUGGAUUAUGACCGGGUCAUUGUAAUGGACAAGGGUCGUGUAGUAGAAUCUGGUCAUCCGUACGAGUUGUUAACUCACCCUCAAGAUCCCUCGCGCCGCGCCCCGCCCACUAAGACCCAGGCUCCGCUCGCGUUGCCUGAAGACUUCCUCGCGGCUCCUGAGAGGCUGGAUGAGGAAGGAGCGCCGCUGAUGACGUCAUCAAGACACAGAACAUACUCCAACAGAUCGGAAGCACCUGAAUACUUGGGGCUGUUCCGGUCACUGGUGGAGCAGACGGGGCGCGCCACGGCCGACCAGCUCAUGACGCUCGCCAAGGAGAGUUACGAUCGUAUGAUGGAGAAGAAGACGUGCUGA